GGGUACAUGGAUGGAAAGGAGCUGCAGAACUUCAUCCAGGAGCUGCAGCAGGCGCGGAAGAAGGCAGGCUUGGAUUUAACACCUGAAAUGAAAGCUUUUGUGGACCAAUAUGGGAAGACUACUGAUGGAAAAAUAGGAAUAGUUGAGCUUGCUCAGAUAUUACCGACAGAAGAAAAUUUCCUGUUGUUCUUUAGGUGCCAGCAGCUAAAGUCAAGCGAAGAUUUCAUGCAGACAUGGAGAAAAUAUGACAGUGACCACAGUGGCUUCAUUGACUCUGAGGAACUUAAGAGCUUCUUGAAAGAUUUAUUACAGAAAGCAAAUAAGCAGAUUGAAGACUCAAAGCUAACAGAAUACACAGAAAUAAUGCUCAGAAUGUUCGAUGCAAACAACGAUGGAAAGCUGGAGCUUACUGAACUGGCCAGGCUACUCCCAGUACAGGAAAACUUUCUCAUUAAAUUUCAGGGUGUCAAAAUGUGUGCAAAAGAAUUCAAUAAAGCCUUUGAGAUGUAUGAUCAAGAUGGCAACGGCUAUAUAGAUGAACAUGAACUUGAUGCUCUCCUGAAGGAUCUGUGUGAAAAGAACAAAAAGGAAUUAGACAUUAACAACCUUGCAACGUACAAGAAAAGCAUCAUGGCCUUGUCUGAUGGAGGAAAGCUUUACCGAGCAGAACUGGCUCUUAUUCUCUGUGCUGAGGAAAAUUAGACCUCUUCUAUCAUGUCCACUUAACUAGUGAUGUACUCUAUCUACACAAUAACUGUGCACUAUAAAGGAGUAGGCUGUAUUUUUAAAUUGCAUAUAGAAAAUUAGCCAGGAUGUGUGGCACAUUCCUUUCUGUUUGUUUCUAUACUGUUUGUAAUGUACAGUUUUUGUAACUAUAAGAUUGAUAAAGAGAAUGUCUAUGUUUGGGCCAGUCUGUAUAUUCAAUAAGAAACUAAAACAUGUUGGGGUUGGUUUUUGUUUCUUUUUUUUUUUUGCUGUCAUAAAAACAGCUGGAAAAAAAUUAAACCUGCUGACACUGCUGUGGUCAUCAUAUCCUUUGACACCUGCAACAUUUCUUCUUCUUGAUCUCUGUAACAGAAAGUCUGAAGAUCCUUCUCUCAGUUAUAACUAAAUACGGGUUUUUAAAUGCAGAAAUGUGGGAAACAAAAAAGGAUUCGUAUUGCAGCAGGAAAGAGGAAUAUCUGUUCACCAAAAUUUGCCAAGGGAUUGAGAAAUAUUUUCAGUUGACAAACCACUCACUUACAGGUCUGUGCUCUCCGCAGUUUUCAGUCACUCUUCUCAUUACAAACUCAUAGCAUAUAGACAAAACAUUUACAAGCAGCAGAAAUCUGGGAUAGCUCUCCAUGGGGUAGUUGACAAAAAUAUAGUGUUUUCAAUCUAAUCAUUUAACUUUAUUGAAUUUAAACAUAGGCACUUCAGAAAUAAAAGCCUUUAAUCUGUCUUGGAAUCCUGGCUAAAUGACAGGCAGUAGAGUUAAUACACAGAUUAGCACAUGCUAUGAUAAGUGUACCUUUCAUGACUAUUGCUGUGUCAGAGAAUAUGACAAUCCAUUUUCUAAACUAUUUUCACAUUUUGCAGGUUAUAAUUAUUCUAGUAAAUUGCUGUUUUUACAUCAUAUUCUGUGUAAUCUGUAAUUAAAUUUAAUAUCCUAAGACUGUUCGUGUCUAGUUUGUUUAUCUCCCGCAUUCUUUUUCUGUACCAUUCAGAUGACAAAACAACUGUUUUAAAAAAAUGUGCCUCCUUGGAUCUUACCUUCAAUGUCUAAUCUAUAAUAGUACAAAAAUCUAACACCAAAAGAAACAAAAAACCUACUACGGAUUUUAUACCAAAUUUAGUUUACAUGGUGGGCUCUGCCUUUUAUUAUGCUAGGGAGGUAUUUUUUAAAUGGGAAUUACAGUAUGGAAACAGCUCUGUCUUCUUCCGUCCAUAUUUUUUGGCCUGGCUCUUGUUUUCACUUUACGCCAGUUUUAUGCCAGUGCAAUUCUAUUAAGUGUCCAGGAAUACUGGUGUAAGAAGGACAUCAUGCUGUGUCUUAAGUCAAUAAACAUAAGCUGCCUCCAUAGACAACUGUACUUCAGAAGCCGUUCCAGGUUAGUAGAUUAGCUAUAUACAACUUCUCGAAUGCAUCACUGUAUCUUAUUUAACAAGCAGAAAGAAGCAGGUGCAUUUUAUUUGAAACAAGAGGACUCAAAACAGUGAAGCUUGGAUCCGCCAAGGUCAUUCUGUCACUUGACUCCCACUGAAGUUCAUCCUCUAACUCAGGCCAAACUCUGACAACUAAAAUACCCUUCGAGGAGCAGGGCCUGACGGGAAAGUCAGGGAGUGGGUGGGGGCAGGACAGGCGCAUUGGCAGGGGGAAAAGCCGCAAAAAAUUGAAGUAAGAUUAAGCUGGGUCACUUUCACUGCUUUGCUCCCACUCCAUGCGCAGCGAUUUAACUUCUCACCUGCUUGUUCUCCUUUUUUCUCUAUGCAAUGUGGAAUAUAAUUGUGUAUGUUAAGUGAAGGAUUAUCUGCCUAUCAGUACAAUAAAUGAUUGCUACCAUUCAUACUGUGCACUUGAAAUCAUGGAUUUUGCCUUAUUUUAACAUUUAAAAAGUGUAACGGUAAAAAAAAAAACCCAAAACCUUGUACUGUAAUAGAUACGAUGUAAAGUAACUGUCUGCUAAAAUCACUACAGUGAAAGAUGAAGUGGUUAAAGUAUUUUGACAAAGAAUCAUCACAAAAAUUGGAAUCUGUCUUCCUGAACACGAGUGAAGUUACCUGUCAAAGAUUUGUUCACCCUUCUACUAUUGCUGUGGCUGAUCAGCUGUCCCCUGGUACUGAACACAAUACAUAAAGCAGUCUGCAAGCACAUCCACGUGGAAUGUUUCUUGUAAUCAUUUCUCAUAAGUAUAACUUUGGAUUAAAAGACAGCAAUGUAACAAGACAGUUCUAGCAAAGGUGCGUGUUACAUCUGUGCAACACAAAGUAUAGCAAAUAUGGUUAAGUCAAAACUGUUGUAGAAACAUAUUUAAAAUCUCUAAAACACACCUGGACAGAGCUCCUCAUGCCAGGGUCACAGCAGAACGAGAUUUAGGGCAAUGAGAGAACUGACGGUAGGGAACGCUGCAAGCUCCUUUCUUGUGGUAGACAUUUGGUGGGGAAAAAAAAAAAAAAAGGAGGGAGGGAGGGGGAGAGGGAGAGGGAAGAGAGAGAGAAGUAGCAGCAUGCAAAAUGUUAAUUAAGUGCGGUAGUGCAGGUAUGCUGUGUUUCUGCUAAACAGAGAAGUUGAUUUUCAGGUAGUUAUGUCAGAUCUACUUUACUCAAGUUGUUAUCUAUCUCACUGUCUGAAAAUCUGUAUUUUAUUAAAAUAUAACACAGCUAAUAAAGACUCACACACACCGUUUUACCAACUACAAGAAAGUCUGCUAUGCAAAAUUUUAUCCUGUUUUAGUUUAAAUGCAUAUGAUGUAUUUUAGAAAGAUGGUUCGUACAGCUGAAAACUUACCACGAUGUUUGCUCCCCAGCUCAAAUAAGGAUACCAUUUUCUAUUAAUUGUAAGGUACAAAGCACCAAAAUUUUACUAUUCCUCAAGGGGGAAAAAAUCCAGCAACUAUUAGGCCAUUUAAAAGCCUUUGACAUUAUAAAUGCAGCAUUAUUUGCUGACAAACAUAAAAACUUAAUUUAAUCACAGAAAGUUAGGCAUCGUGACUGCCUGCUUCAAACUUUUGCCUGUAACACAGGCCAUUAGUGUAGCUCAUAGGUCUCACCACACCAGGGGCCAUGAACACCACCACACAACUGAAAUUUGUGAUGUGAACCACCAGCCAUGGUGGAGAAUACCUGAUUUCUGAUACUGAUUUUUUCACUGAUGAUUUAAUCGAGAUUGAGCAUUGGGCUUGAAGGGCGUGCUUUGGCACUCAUUCCCUGUGGCACCGAAGCCCUCACUGUUCCAGUCUGAACAUUUCAUGCUCGUACCAGUGUGCUAUUUACAAAUCCAUCAAAGAUGCACCUUUGAAAACAUUACCCAGGCAAGCUUAAGAAAUUUCUAGAUAGCAUAUCUAUACUGGGCAAGUGUCAGGCACAGAUCGGUAUAGGCUGAAAGCUGGCACUGCUUCUUCAUAAGAGGAACCUAGUCUCACAAAAUAUGGACACACUGCUGCUGAAAUUGCAUUUCAGCUAGGAUUAAGUGUUUAUGUCAUUAGGCCACGUUAGCUUUUUCUGAUUAACUUCUUUUUGGCAUCUUGUGCAUUUAUACUAAGCCCUCAUCAUAAUCAUUUCAUUACUGAAGCCUACUGAAAUUCACCUCUACAAGGAGGCUCAGAAUGCGUAUUUAGGCACCUAAAUACAUGUAGCCUGAUUUUCUAAAGUGCCGAGCACCUCCAGAUCCCUCUGAAAUCAACUGAAGUUGUUCUGCACCAAUUAAAAGCAGGCCAAUGCACUAAAAUCCCAAGGAUCAAGGACUUUAUUUUACUGAACACUAAAUUAUCGGACGAAAGACUUGGGUUUUAUGUCUACAUAAAAGUGGGGUUAUACGUCACAGCCCAUUGUUUGGUUAAGUAACCAUGUGAUAAAAUUUCACAGCAGAGAAGACAAAUUUCAAAAGGGAAAGCCACCUCUAACCAAAAACAUAAUAGUAACUGCAGCACAAUACGCACCACAGAAUUAGACCAGGUGACAAAUUUCCUUGCAUUUCAGUGUAUUUUAUUCAUGUGAGUACUAUCAGCAUGUGGAAAAAAGUAAAGAAAAACAGGCAUUCAUGUGCCAAUGAACUUGGAAACCAGUACAGGCAGACAGGAACCUAUAGAUGUCUCAUAUAGUGUUUUCUUGUGCUUGUAAAGCAGAUUCUCAGUUUGGUAAAUAAUAUUAUUGACAAUAACUGAAUUGUUUAAGAGAAGGAAAUUCCCAGAAGUAAGGAGCCAAAGACUGACUGCAGUUCUUAUAUCACAGUAAAGAGAUAAUACAAUCAAUCUCUUUUCAUUAGCAACCUCAAAUGAUUUUCAUAAAUUGUUUAUAAACCUCUGCUAUGAUACAGCAGCACUUUUACAGCACAGAUUAAAUACAGCUGAUUAUAACAGGUCCAGAGACAGUAAAUCAGCAACUGAAACAACAAGGGUAAUUUCAAGAUGUAAUCAAGCAGACAUACACUUUUCACUGGAAAACAGACAAGGAAUAGUCCUUUGCAACACUAUCUUCAGACUGAGCUCACGGGAGCGGUAAUGCCUUUGACUGACAGGUCGUGCAAGUGUCAUUUCAGAAAAGAUUUGGAUUCCAGAAAAGUUUUCCUUAGCAUCCACAGAAAUUAAACUGACUCUGCAACCCCACUGGCUCUCUUCAUGAUCUCCAGGGUAUAUCAUCAUCUUUUCUAAUCCAUUCCUUCACUUUCCUGCCUCUCCAUCCUCAGCUCCAUAAAAUUCUCAUGCUGCACAGCAAUACUCGUUUCCCACUCCUUUUUAUAAUCUGGCUGAUGGGCAGCUUGAGGUAGGGUUAGGGAUGUAGUAGUCCCAAGGGAAAUAUAUGGUGCCAGUAUGUAAAUACAUGGUGACAGUGUGUCAAAUGGAGAUACUAAAUAAAGUGGCUGUGAUCUCUAUGCUCUAUGACAGAAAUGUGAUGAGUAUGUGCAAUACAUGACUGCUGAGGAGGUUCAUAGAUUAGGCAUCUCUCAGGAUUUAGGGGGAUUUUAUGCCUCUUUCUGGACUUUGCUGCCUGGACAGACUCUUCCUCCUGGGCACCUAAGAACAGUCACGCUAGACACUGCCUGGGCCAGGUAGUCACUCUAAAGGUACUUUUAGUGUCAUUUUCUUGAGGCUCACAUGUCAAGCGAUGCUUCUCUAGUAACAAAUAAACUGUGUUUAGGUAAAACAAACUUGAGAUGUCCAAGAUUCACCUCUUCAUAGCAAUGUUCCUCUCCUUUCCUGUCUCUAACAGAUCUAACAUCUUCUUUAAUGGAAGGAAAUGAGUCAAAGACUGACUACACUCUCUACUCCUGCAGUAGUGUAAGGUUAGAGCAGAGCUAAGUUUUUUCACUUAAUCACGUAUCAGGAAAUAUUUUAUAAACAAUCCAGUAACAUGUAACUCCUUAUACGCCAUUUUUAAAACCUGCAUCAACACAUUGUGUACAUCUUGGCAACACAGAAUUUUCUGGAUCCAAAAGUAAGCACUGACUUCUUUAGCCUGAAAUGAAAGUCACUGGCAUAGGGAGGAUAGAAACGUUAUUAUAAAUGACCAUUACAAUUUAAAAUGGGCUUUUUGGUUCUGUCACUGAAUAACGUAUGCUUUAAAAAUGUUUUCUUAUCAAUUUACAGUUAAUAAUUCACUUUGUUACAGAUAAUAAACAUGCAGAGAAAGAUACUCUGGAAACAAUGUUCUAUCAAACUUAUGCUGAUAUAGUCCAUCCUUUCAGCAGAACGUUAGCUUACUUCAACAUUGCGCUAAGGCCAUCAAGUGAUUUCAAAGUCAGAUGCUGGUGUAUGUUAGUACAGCUUGAAGUGUGAGUACAGGGACUAAACAAUUGCCAUCAGUUGAAAGACGACACCUUUGAACCGCUUUUAUAUUCCUAAUUUUUAAAUCGCUGUGUAUCAAUCUGAAAGCACAUACAAGCAUGGACACAGGCUGCAUGCAUGGAUGGAUAGAGUUUGGGAUAAAAUAGAAUUUGAAAAAAAUGGCAUGGAUUUCAGAUUGUAAAGGCCAGAGCUAAAUCUCUUUGGAGAAUUCCAUCUGCUGAUUGAAGAGAGGAACAACAGGCAGCCCCCACGAAUCUGGAAAAUCUAAUAAUCCCAAAAGAGGGACAACAAUAAACAUGCAUUUUUUUAAAGUGAUCUGCUUAUAACUAGGUUGACCCAUUUUACUUGGGAAGAAUGAACUUAGUAGACUCAGAAGUAACGCCACUUUAGAGCUUCUUUAGUACCGACCUGUGAAUGCUAAUGGAACCCAGGCUUCCACAGACCUCUGCUAGUGAGUUUUCAAUGCUUUCCAUCCCAAAUUACAAACGUCCCUUACUACUCUAAGUAAGCCUUUCUUAUGCAGACACUCUCCUAGUCACAUACACAUUAAUAGUAAAUUAGGUUUUAGUUUCUCACUUUCCAGAACUUUAACUUAAUCUAUGAUGAAGAAAGAUCUACUCAGUAAGGCAAGCUUUGUCUCUAGAUACCAUUUUUAAAGUUCAACAGAAGAUAAUUAACAGACUGAAAAUGUCAGUAAAAGCUGAGACUGAGAUGCUUCUAUAUCUCUAAACUUUGUAUGUGAAAAAUACUGCAUUAGAGCUUACAUUCUAUCUCACUAAAUACAGUUCUGUUGACAACCUGAAAGUUACUUGCAAAUUUAGGGAUUAUAACUGAACUGCAAA